GUCUGACUGCGGCUCGCUCAUAUGGUACUAAAAGAAAACAUUGCUAAUGAAUUAAAAUUUAGUGCAAAAGAAAAUUUAUUUAAUCAACAAAAUGCUCCGCACACUUAUUAUUGACCUAAACAAAUUGCGUCUAAAUCCAGUCGUGGUUACACAAGUACGGGAGAAAGGACAUUUAACCCGACCGCGUUUGAGAAACCCUUACUGGUUUGUACGCAAAGAAAGAUUGGCUCGUGAUACAACGGUGACAACAGAGAACAAAGCUUUCGUCAAAGAAAUAAUAAAAGACAAAUAUGGUCCUCCGGCAAUUAUUAAAGGUAUACCUUCCUACGACCAAUCAGCUUUAAUAAAAACAGAACAAUUCGAGCGACAGCCAUGGCAUGAAAAAGCACGUCGUUGUGGCCUUAUAGCUCGUAAAAUUGGACAGUAUCCACUUUGGUUGAAAAAUGGUGAACGUAUACGUACCACAUUGUUACAGGUUGUGGACAAUCAUGUAAUUCGCUAUAUACCUCCUCAUGAAUACAAGCCUGCGCAAAAGCCUAAUGUUGCCAAUCUGAAUAAAUUUGGCUGCCUGCUAGUGGGUGCCGAGUCAGUAGAUCCCUCCACAUUAACCAAAGAGUAUUGCGGGCUAUUUCGUGAUUCUGGCGUUAUGCCUAAACGUAACUUGGCGAGAUUCAUUAUCUCCCCAGAAGCAGCGAUACCUGCCGGCACACCAUUAAAUGUUGCACACUUUAGAGCAGGCGAUUUUGUUGAUGUACGAGGCAAAACUGUCGAUCAUGGCUUCCAGGGAGUAGUAAAGCGUCAUGGAUUUAAAGGAAUGCCUGCUUCUCAUGGUGUAACAAAAACACAUCGUCGGCCUGGUAAUAUAGGUGGUGGUGGCGAAAAAGGGCGUGUAUGGCCGGGCACAAAAAUGCCUGGUCAUAUGGGUAACCGCUGGCGUAUAGCGAAAGGAUUGCGUAUCUGGCGCAUAAACACCAAAUAUAAUGUGAUGUGGGUACAAGGCAGCGCCAUUCCAGGAUCUACCAAUGGACUUGUAUAUAUUUACGAUACAAUUUUACCGCUGCGAAAACAUAAAACAGCUCCACCUUUCCCCACUACUUUUGAAGAAGAGCUAGAAGCAUUAAGUGGACCAUCAGAUGAUAUAUGGUAUGAAGACGUGCAUAGUUUCAAAGAUGAUACUAUAACUUUCCAACCAGAAACGAAUUAAAGUAAAAACUUGUUAAAGAAAUUGUUGUAAUUUUAUUAAAAAUAUACCACCCCUAAUAUAUA